AUGUUCAUACACCACAAAUCUGGAACUAGCACAGUGGAGCCUAUCACCACGGGUAGACGACCCCGUCCCCAGCCAGCUGAAAGUCCAGUUCUUCUCAUCCCCAAGCUCGGAGCGGUUCCUUGCGGCCGUCUUGCCGCCAACCCACAAGCUGCAUCCCCUCAAGCUGUCAAAAUGUCCGUUGGUAAACCAGGAUCAGGGCCAUCAAGCAAGCCAAACACUUUUGAAGAGCACUGUCCCAACUGUGGCUCAGCCUUGGACUCCUCAACGGCAAUCAAGGUUGGCCAAAUGUUUUAUCUGGGCACAAAGUACUUGGAUGUGCUCAGUCUACGGGUGGGCGGGAAUGAGGGACAGGCCAAGCGGGCGGUGAAGAUGGGCUUCUUUGAGAUUGGGAUCAGAUGA